AUGUCCACCAACCGUCCUUUUCUCGCCAAUUUUCUGGCUGCUUUCCGCGCCCAGUCGACCCUGAAAUCCGCCUCUCCACAACCUACAAGCUCAUCAUCUCGGUCUGCAGCACCUAUCUCGACAAACGUGCGCACAAUAACCUCCAAACCCGCCCAUCAUCAACAUCAAUCUCAACAAUACUCAUCCGCCACCAACACCUCGACAGCCACGCCGGCUCCCGCGGCUGCCUCCGCCACCGGGGCCGGCUCUUCAACUUCGGCGUCAUCGAAUCUCACCUACUCAUCCACCAACCACUACUACUCCGAUACCUUGACUUCAACCCAGCCGCCGCAGGCGACGGCGGGACCCGCGGUCUCACCGACCACAUCUACGCCAAUCCCCAUCUCGCGGGGGCCAGAUCGCCAACGUCGUGGGAGUGAUUCCUCAUCUGGCUCGGGUGGGUUUCGGGAUGCAUUGGGUCCAGAGAAGUGGUAUAUUGGGGGACGGUCGGCUGGGGGAGAAGAACGAUUUUAUCGGCUGGGCAUGGUGACCAAAGGAGGUGGUCGAUUGGGAGGGGGCGGGCGUGUUGGGAGUAUUGAUCAGUUGAGUUUAUGA